UCGACGCUACGCAGACGAUUCCCAUCGAGCGCACAUUUAAUAAAAUAAAAUAUAACAAUAUAUAUAUAUCACACACCGGUAGUCGGUAUACUACGCCGCUCUCGUUCGCCUAACCAGCAGACAUGCGUAACGCAUAAUGUUUUAACCAGUCGCCAGUCGGACACCCCGUUCUGGAUAUUCAUUAAAUCGCUAUGCGUUUUGUUAUUCUGUUACUAUCACCAUUAAUAUUAACAUGACACGCGAACUCGACGUAACCUGCGUAGUGAUCAACGAGCGGAAUAACGAUCAUUCCAUGCGGUAAUAAUAUCAUCGUUAUAAUACUUAAUAAUAAUAACAUAAUAUUAUAGGUACAUCAGACCGAUACCGACGACGACUACGCGCGGUCACGUAUACUACCGCAGGUUUUAUACCGGGCUCAUCGCGCCAGUGUAUAAUAAUAUAAUAUAAUAGUCCGUCGUCAUGCGUCGCGAACUCCGAAUUCGGCGGCGGUCCGCCACCUCGAAGUUCGUCGUCACGUUUUUCGCCGCCAUUUGCUGGUGCAGCUGUUCGGCGCGAACCAACGUAAAAGACGACGGGGCACUGUACCUGUCGCCCAUGAUACACGACGGCCGGAUCGAUGAGGCACGGGCCGCGUGCAAAGUGCGCCUGGACAACAGCACGGCGGCGGCGGUGGACAGUUGCGCCGGUUACCUGACCGUGGACGAGGCGCUCCUAUCCAACUUGUUCUUCUGGUUCUUCCCCGCCACAAAUGGGUCCAGCGGCGCGCCCGUCGUGCUGUGGCUGCAGGGUGGCCCGGGCGCGUCCAGCCUAUUUUCGGUGUUCAACGAGCACGGCCCUUUCACGGUGGACGCGGCCGGCGUUCUACAGACGCGCCGGUACGCAUGGACGUCCACGCACUCGGUGCUGUACGUGGAUAAUCCAGUAGGCGCGGGGUACAGCUUCACCGGCGACGAUGCCGGUUACAGCUCCAACCAGACGGACGUCGCCCGGAACCUUUACGCCGCCUUGGUGCAGUUCUUCACGCUGUACCCGGAGUACCGGCAAAACGAGUUCUACGCGGCCGGCGAGUCGUACGCCGGCAAGUACGUGCCGGCCGUGUCGUACGCCAUCCACCAGAACAAUCCAGGUGCCCAGGUCAAGAUCAAUCUCAAGGGACUGGCCAUCGGCAACGGGCUCAUCGACCCCAUAAACCAGAUGGUAUACAGCGAAUUUUUGUACCAGAACGGACUCAUCGACGAGGACGGCAAACGUUUGUUCAAAGUGCAAGAGGACUUGGCUCGAGACCGUAUCGCCAACCAGGACUACAGGGCCGCGUACGCCGCGAUGACCAGGAUGAUGAUCACCACGCCGUCGCUGUACAGCGAGCUGACUGACAUGCAGAACAUCUACAACGUGGCGUGGAACAGGAACCCGAUACCGUUCGAGGGCGGCAACUGGGACCGGUACGUGCAGGGCCCGGUGGCGCGGGCCGCGCUGCACGUGGGCCGACGCCAGUGGUCGUCAGUGGACACAGUUUACGAGCGGAUGAAGUACGACAUACCGAUGUCCGUGGCCCCGUGGCUCGCAGAGCUUCUGAAUGACGGUCGGUACCGCGUGCUCCUCUACUCCGGACAGCUGGACGCAAUCGUGCCGUACCGCGGCACGGUGAACGUGGCCAGGGCGCUCCGGUGGACGGGCGCCGAGCGGUUCGGGAAUGCGACGCGUACCGCCUGGUAUCUCGUCGCCAAGGUGGCUGGUUACGCGACCACGUACGGGCCGCUCACCGAGCUGCUGGUCAGGAACGCUGGUCACAUGGUGCCGUACGACCAACCGGCUUGGGCCCACGACAUGAUCAACCGGUUCACGUCAGGCAAGCCAUUUGACUGAAACGCCGCUUGGCCGCGACGCAUCAUCGCCCUAUAAUAUUAAGCGAAAUAUAAUAUAGGUGCAGAAUCGAAGUUGCCUACCUCCAAACCGUCAUAUUAACCGCAAGUCCGUUUUCCUAUAUGUCUCUGCCAAUAUUUUCGAAAUCCUAUUUUUACUGUUUGUAAAUUAAUUAGCGGUGUGCUACAUUUUAAGUAUAUCGAGGUCGUAUAGCUGCAUAAUAUACACGUUGUAGUCAGAUCGACACCCACAAUAGUUCGCGAUUACAUAUUAUACACUUGAACUUCUUGGACUCGAAAUUGUCGAACUUUUGCCCCGGUCCCUAGAAUUUCCUUUAAUCCUAGUAUUAUUCUUGGUUGACGCGAAUUAUUGAGUAACUUGAACUUUUUGGCCGGUCUGUUCAACUUCGAGUUAAUUAGGUUUGACUUUAAUUGAAAUCAUGGCUUGCACUGUUUUAAAUAAUUUCCGGUGAAUGUUUCGGACUUUGUCAAAGAGUAUGUAGGAUUUGUGGGUGUGGGGUAACUUCAUUCGCUGUUCCCGUAAAAUUACAAUAAAAUAUAAAUCUAUGUAAGUAUAAAAUAAUAUAAUAUGUUAUAUUUUAUAGUCACAUCACAUUCAUGAAAAUUUGAAAUGGCAUCAUAGUGAUGCAGUUUUAUUAUAUACCUACUCAUAGUCGAUUGCAUGUUAAUUUCAUUAAACAAAUAAACAGCUUCAUUAAAUGAUAGACAAAUAAA